UCAGAAAUGCAACAGUGGCCUUAGAUGUGUCUUUUGGAUCAUUGUCAUAGUGAUGGUAGCAUCUUUUCUUUUAAUAUAGAGCAGUACAUCUGUGAAUUCAUGAUACCACCAAUAAAAUGCAGCUCCUUGACACCAGCAGCACUCAUGUAGCCCCACAGAAGGACAUUACCACCACCAUGUUUCACUGUAGGCACCAUGCAUUUUCAUUUGUACUCCUCACCUUUGCAACCCCAUACAGUUUUGAAGCCAUCAGAUCCAAAAACAUUUAUCUUGGUCUCAUCACUCCAGAGUACAGAGUCUCAGUAGUCUUCUUUUUCAGCAUGGGC